AUGUCAGGCUUCGGGUUUUCAAUCGGUGACAUCGUCCUAGUGGGCAACUACGCGUACUCAGUCUACAAGUCGUGUAAGAACGCUGGCGACAACUUCAGGGAGAUCACAUCAGAUGUGGCCUCCUUACGCACACUUCUCCUCGCUCUCGAUGAUGAGUGCAAGAACCCCCAGUCUUCAUUCCAGCAGCUUUCCCCCGCGCAGAAAGGCGAGCUCGCUGCGCGCUUACAAGACUGCAAAGCCGACCUCCGCUCGGUCAAGAAGAUACUGCAUGACUUCCGCUCGCUCGAUAAACGCGAUGCGCGAUAUCGGGAUAGACUGGCGUUUACGACUGGGAAGCAAGCUGCGAUACGGGAGAAGAUAGCGACGCAUAGUGUUCGGUUGCAACAACUGCUGACCGGCAUUAAUGUCGGCACGUUUUCUAGGAUCGAGCGGAAUACUGAGGCGCAUUACCUGUCGCUCCUGGAGAUUCGGGCGAAACUGGAUCGGAUUCAUAUGGACGUGCUUGCGGGUAGACGUGAUGCCACGGCCUUCAUAAACUCGGAGGAUGUGGUAGCGUUGGAAGACGAGGUCUUGGAUGACCACAUGACGGAAGUUGAUGUUGAUCUGUCAUAUGAAGUUCACGCCUGGGUGGAAAGAGUACACACGGAAACCACGCAACCGCUAUCGAUGCCUGAUAACGAUGUCGCCGCUAUCGGGGAUGAUGCCACGAAAAGUUCAAGCAGCAACAGUUCGGACACAUGUAGCGUACAAGAGCCGUCAAACACCGAUUCUUUCACAAACGACAGUCACAUACGCGGUAACAGCCCUGACUCUUCAGGCGACGGGUCUGACACGGAUGAGCAACUUAGUCAGUCUGAGGGCGUUCAGGAACCUCUGGAAGCCCAUGAAGCUCCGGAGGGUCUCGUUACUCCACAUUUUAUCUCUGAAUUAGAACAAGAACUCAUGUACAAGACGAGUAGCAAGCGCGCAAACUCAUCCAAAUCAGCUGAACAUGAAGGCACGCUCAUCGACCUAAGGAACUGUCAAUGGUCGCGAAGUACUGUCGUGGAAUACGGAGAAUUACAUUACUUUGACGAGCAAGAUAGGUGCUGGGUCGGGCCAACACUUUGCCACGAUAAGCCGUGGGCAGUGGCGUCAGGUGUGAUCUGGGAGUAUGUCUAUGUGACUCUUGAAGAGGUAUUCACCGGGACGAGCAAGCAAUUCACGCUCCGGCGCAAUACUGUCAAUUCAGGGUCCCACGAUUCGAAGUCUUUCGAAGACAUCGUUAUCAGCCUACAGAUCAAGCGGGGAGUGCUCAACAAAGAUAGGAUCUGCUAUGUUGUGCGAACAGACCCAAUACAAUGGCAUGGAACCUUCCUCUUGUUCAGAAUUCGACAUAAAAGAAGAAAGGCUGGAAGAGGAACGUCCAAAAUGUCGAUGGUAAAAUGA